AUGGCUGUCGCCGGCGGCUUUCGCACGUUCCUCUUCCGCCAGGUUAUCGUGCUCAUCUACGCUGCCGGACCUCGGCUUCCCCCAUGGGCUGUAUCUCGCCUUGUCCAAAUCGUUCAUCAGGAUAGCUUGGAGGGCUACCUGCAGCUGCUGCUUCCGGUCCUGCUGAGGAUGAUCGAGCGCAGGGACGUUGGGCUGGCCAUGCGCCACAUCACGCUGGCGGUCCGAGCCCUGUUCGAGGCGAUGGACACAACCGGGUGCACCAAGCGGGGCGAUUGGACGGAGUGGAUGCGUGUGGUGUCCGUGGAGCUGCUGAGGCAGUCGCCGUCCAGGGUGCUUCGCCCCUGUGCCGCUCUCGCCGAGGCCCAUCAGCCCGUUGCCCAAGAUCUGUUCAACGCCGCGUUUCUCACGGUAUGGGACGAGCUGUUCAUGGAGAACUGGGAGGGAGACAACACCCACUCCCCCGUCAUCGAGGCGAUUCAGUCGGCGCUGAGCUCUCCCUCCCUCCCCCCCGAGAUCCAGACCCAGCUGCUCAACCUCGCAGGGUUCAUGGAACUCCAGGACAAGUCGGUGACCUCGGUGAUGGAGUCGGACUUUGGCUUCGCCGCGGGGGGGGUAGGGUGGGGGGCGGCCUGGGAAGGCGUGCCGGCUGCGGUGCCCCCGGGGGGCGGGGAGAGCGUUGCCGGAUCCGAGUCCGGCGCCGGUGGACCUGGAAGCGUUAGCGGCGGAGGCGGAAGGAGCUGCAGCGGUAGUGGUCCUAACCCCGACACUCUCGAAGCCCUCAUCUCCGUGAACCACAAGCUGGGCUUGGACAUGGCCGCGGCGGGAAUAUUGAGGCAGGCGGAACAGCAGGCGGAGGCGGGGCUCUGCGAGUUCGUGGUUCGGCCCUCGUGGCUGGAGAAGCUGUGGAGACCAACGGUGAUGUCUCGCCCUGCGGCAGGGAGGCAGGGAUCCGGCGAUUCGCUGUUAGGGGGGGCGGGGGGAGGGGAGUCAUCGGCGGCAGCGGCGGCGGCGGCGGCGGCGGUGGUGGCAGCGGUGACGGCAGCGGCGGUGGUGGCUGGGCCUUCUCCUGCGGUGUCGCGGUCUAGUAGCGCGGGCUUGAUUCCGGGAGUUGGGCCGGCGGCGGCGGCGGCGGUGAAGGGGGGUGCGGCUGGGGGAGACGAGCAUACCCCCGCGUUCGACCCCGACCGAAUGCUCCUCGGGAGCUUCAAUAGCGACGAGGCGUUUGCGGAGGUGGGCCCCGCGGGUGCCCCAGCUUCUUCUGCUGCUGCGGCUGCUGCCGUGGGAAUGGGGGGGGCAGGCGCGUGGUCUGGUGGCUUUGACGGCGGUCUGUCGACCACGGAUGUCGUCGUCGAGUGGUACCAAGUGAUGCUGGGGAGGCUUAGGUGCUUGGAUGCGCUGGGAGAGCACCGGAAGGAGGACUGGGCGAGGGUGGGAGUUGGUAGAGAGCCGGCCGGCGGUUUCUCGACGGUGGCGGCCGGGGCCAGAGGACCGCGCGCGCCUAAGAUGCUGCCGCCGCCGGCUCUGGCCACGAAAGCGGCCACGAAAGCGGCGGCGGCGGCAUCGGCGACGGCGACGACGGCGACGACCGUUGCCGCCUUGACGACGAUGACUGUACCUGCGGCGCUGCUGUCGACUACCGCUUACCCUAGCUUGGCGAGCAGGAGCACAGACUCCAUGGACUUAGGAGGAGGAGCGGCGGCUGCGGCAUCGUUGGCAUCAGCAGAAGUGAUGGGAUCGCGGGCGGCAUGGGCUCUUGGUGAAUGGCCCGCCCUCGAGAUGUUCGUAAGGGGGGAGCACAUGCAAGAGCGGCGGCACGUGGUGGAAGAAGGGCAGGGGGUGGAGGCUUGCCUGGUGCUGGAGGCGGUGGUCGCGACUCAGAAAGGCCGCCUCGAUGAGGCACUAACCCUAAUCGAGGAGGCGAGGCAGGCGCUAGCCCCGGGCCUCGCGGCCCUGCUGAGCGAGAGCUACACACGAUCUUACAAGCGGAUGCUGACGAUCAUGUCUCUGGCGGAGCUGGAAGAAGUCGUGGAGUACAAGAGGGUCGUCAAGGAUGCGCGGUCGUUGGGGACCCCACCCGUGAAGGGGGAGGGGAUGGAAGGCAGCGAACGGUCGAGAAGGUGGUCGGAGGUGGCGGAGCACAGGAGCAAUCUCCGCGCCAAGUGGACCGCUCGUCUGCAAUGGGUGCCGGAGGACGUGGACGUCUGGAGAGGCAUCCUGGCCGUGCGGUCGCUUGUCCUGAAGCCCCGAGAGGAUCUCGGCACUUGGCUGAAGCUGGCGAGCCUGGCGCGCAAGACCGGACGCCCGGAGCUUUGCGCCAACACCCUGAGGCUGCUCGGUGCCCAGCCUCCUCGACCGGAUGAACCGUCGGGGCCGCUCACGUACGGGCGUUCAACGGCGUCUUCGGGGGGGGGGACAGGGAGCUCCCGUCCCCGCUCCGAGAGCUCCAGCAGCGUCGGGGGGGGCGACAACAGCAACAACAACAACAACAACAACAACAACAACAACAACGCCAGUAGCAGCGGCUUCGCGGCGACGUCUGCGUCCAUGUCGUCCUUCUCCUCCAUGCUUUCCUCGGCCGCGGCGCAGCAGCAGGAGAACCUUAGCCUCAGCAUGCACUCCAGCCGACUCCUUACCUCCGAGCUGACGGUACCUUCUGAUGCUGCCGCUGCCGCUAGCGGCGGCGGCGGCGGCGGCGGUGGCGGCGGGGUUUCCACUCGAACGGCGGCGGUGGCGUCGUCUCCGCCGCCGCACCCCAGGGUGGUGUACCACAUGUACAAGUACAUGUGGGCGACGGGUGACCAGGAGCGCGCCCUCGGGAGGCUGGAGCGGUUCACGUCCACGCUCAUGUUGCGGCUAAGACGCGGUCACUCUAUGCACGGAGUGACGCCUCCCGCUGGCUCGAAGGAGGCGGCCGGGCACGGGCUGCGGUCCCUGCUCGUCAAGUGCCUGCUACAGGCGUGCGAGUGGCGCCUGGAGAUGCGCGAAAUGAAGGAUAGCGACGAACAGGCGGACGGCCAAGGCGGCGGUAGCGGUGGAAGCGGCGGAGGCGGCGGCGGAGGCUUGAAUCCGGACGGCAACGUGAUACCGGAGAGCCUGGUGAACACGCUGAGCUGGCUGAGGAGAGCGAUCGAGCUGGACCCCACCAGCUACGACGCGUGGCACGCCUGGGCCCUCAUGAACUACCAGCUCACCGAGGAAGAGAACGCGAGAAGGAAGGAAAUAGACGAGAGGGAGCGGGAGGAGAAAGAGCGAGGGGGAGGGGGGGAAGACGACGACGCAAAGCGAGAACAGGCGCAGUCUUCCACCGCAGCUGCUGCUCCUUCUUCUUCCCCAGGGAGUGACUUGCCUCCACCGACAAACACGACGGCUACCACGACGAUAUCGUCGUCAGCGUUGUCGGGGAAGUUUAAGAUCGGGAAGAAGGCUGUUCGUUGGCUGCCCAAGUGGCCGUCUCUCAGCAAGGCUCAGCAGGGGGCGGACCCCCCGCCGCAGUACCGGGACUACCCCAGCCAGAGUUCGCUGAUGAGAGAUGCUUCCCCGAUACGCUCGGGCCUGGAGCGCAGCAGGGGCAGCGUGGGGGAUAUGUCGGGGGCGGACACGUUGCGUUUGCUUACGCUCUGGUUCGCUCACGGAGGCUUCGAGUCGGUGCACCGGGAGAUGUCCCUGGGGAUCCAGGCUUGUGGCGUGGACACGUGGCUCGGGGUAGUGCCCCAGCUCAUCGCCAGGGUGCACGCCGCCUCCCCCCGCGUGACCAAGCUUCUCCGUGAGCUACUCGUUCGGAUCGGCCGAAAGCAUCCCCAGGCGUUAAUCUAUCCCAUCACGGUGGCCAGCAAGAACUCCUCGCGCCCGCGACAAGAGGCGGCGGGUGCCGUGAUGGCCGACAUGCGGAAGCAGUACCCGGUCCUUGUGGAGGAGGCUUCUCUGGUGUCGCGUGCGAUGAUCAAGGUGGCCAUGACCUGGCCCGAGGUGUGGCAUGAGGGUCUGGAAGAAGCGUCAAGAAUGUACUUCGGGGAUGGAAACGUCGAAGGAAUGCUCCGACGCCUUCAGAUGCUGCACGACCUUCUGCCCUGGGAAACACCACCCGCCUCGGCGGUCUACUCGGGAGGGGGCGGGGGAGGAGCGGGAACUACCGGGGGCGCCGGCGGAGGGGGAGCCUGCGGCGACUUAAGCUCCUCUUCCGCCAACGCCGCCGCCGCCGCCUCCGGCGGAGGGGGGGGGGAGGGGACGUCUUCGACCUCGUCCCCUGGUUCUGAUGACGGUUCGGCUUCGACUGACGGUCCCGCCGCGGACACGGUCCGAGGGGUGGCGUUUCUUCACCUGCACGGGAGGGAUCUGGCGGAGGCGUGGGAGUGGGUGCAGCGGUACCAGGCGUGCAGGCGGGAGGCGGACAUUCUGCAGGCGUGGGACAUCUACUACCAUGUGUUCCGCAAGAUUUCGCGGCAGCUGACGACUCUCAAGUACAUCGAGCUUCGGCACGUGGCGCCGGCGCUGCCGCAGGCCAAUGGCUUGCAGCUCGCGGUGCCGGGGACUUACCGGGCGCACGCAGACGUGGUUCGCAUCCGGUCCUUCGCCCCGACCGUGGAGGUGAUCACAUGGUCCAAGCAACGCCCCCGAAGGAUGACGAUACACGGUGGCGACGGAGUCCCCUACCUCUUCCUCCUCAAGGGCCGAGAGGACCUGCGGCAGGACGAGCGCGUCAUGCAGCUCUUCGGCCUGGUCAACGCUCUCCUGGCCAGCGAGCGCAAGACGGCCAGGUUUAACCUGAGCAUCCAGCGGUUCGCGAUCCUGCCGCUAUCCAACAACUCAGGCCUCAUCGGAUGGGUACCCAGUUGCGACACCAUGCACCAGCUCAUCAAGCACUACCGGGAGAGCAAGGAGAUGCGGCUGAACAUGGAGUACAAGAUCAUGACGAGUCUCGCCCCGGACUUCGACAAGCUUCCGCCGCUCAACAAGCUGGAGGUCUUCGAGCGCGCACUGGCCCAGACCGACGGUCAGGAUCUCGCGAGGAUGUUGUGGCUGAAGAGCCAGAGCGCAGAGGCGUGGCUAGACCGUCGAACAAACUACUCCCAGUCCCUCUCCGUGAUGUGCAUGGCCGGGUAUAUCCUCGGCCUGGGCGAUAGGCAUAUGAGCAACAUCAUGGUGGAUCGCGUCUCGGGGAGGGUUGUACACAUCGACUUCGGCGACUGUUUCGAGGUGGCGAUGCAGAGGGACAAGUUCCCAGAGAAGGUUCCCUUCCGACUCACCAGGAUGCUCGUCAACGCGAUGGAGGUGAGCCGCAUCGAGGGCGUGUUUCGAUCGACGUGCGAGAUGGUGAUGGCCGUGCUGCGAGACCAUAAGGACUCUCUGAUGGCCAUGCUCGAGGCCUUCGUGCACGACCCGCUCAUCUCCUGGAGGCUUCUUGCACAACCCAGAAUGUCGGCGUCGCCACUGACCGACGAGGACGGAGAGGACAGUGACGAUGACGAUGAGGCCACUCACGACCCAACCGCCGAUGGAUCGGAGGUCGGAGGACACACCGGCGCCUCCCGGUCCUCGCAGUACUCCGACGGGGGCACCACCGUGAGGUCGGUGGGCAGCACGGCCACCGGCGGGGAAAGAGCCGCCUCCGGCAGCACGACGAGCAGGGCACGGGGUCGGAGGAGGAGGAGGAGGGACGGCAGGGGGUCGUUCGGGGGUAUGGGCAUGUCGAAGGAGCCGGAUCCGCUAGCCGAGGUGGACCGGCUGAUUCAGCUCGCGUCGAACAACGAAAACCUGUGUCAGCUCUUCGUCGGGUGGUGCCCGUUCUGGUAA